UACACACAGAUCAAGGGAGCCAGGUCGCCAGGUCGCCAGGAACGUGGCUCCAGCGCGCAGUGACUCUCUUUAAAACAGCACCGAUUAUCCAACCAGCAUCACCCCAGCCGGCAUUGGCAUCAUGGCCCUGCGACCGCAUGAUCCGCGAUCGAACAACAACAUGCGCGGGAUCUCGGAGCUGCGCGUGCUCGUUCGUCACAAGAAGUCCUUGAGCACCCAGCAAGCCGCCGGCCGGGACAACCACCACCACCACCCCGAAAGCUACGCCACCAAUGGCUUUGGCUUGAGUGCAGAGGAGGAAAAGAGGUUGGGGCUAUCCACCAGAAACGCAGCCUUCGGCGAGGACAGAGGCAGCCUGAGAAGGAGGAGGAAAGAUGGCUUGGCUGCAGCCGCGCACACCGGUGGCGGCGGCGGCGGUGGCGUCGACUUGAAGGGGGCAGCGACGCAUUUUGCGUCCCAUCCUAGCACUCCGCGGCCCCCUGCCGCUCCAGCUACUCCUCCUCCUCGUAGUACCUAUUAUGAAUAUUGCGUACGAGGAGGAUGA